AUGAACUGGCAGUGGCUGUGGCUGGGCUUCCUAUUCCCUAUGACAGUCUCAGGCCGGGCCCUGGGGCCUGCAGGGAAAGAGACAGCAGAUUACCUGUUGCAAUAUGGGUACCUACAGAAGCCUCUAGAAGGACCUGAUGACUUCAGGCCAGAAGAUAUCAUGGAGGCUCUGAGAACUUUUCAGGAAGCAUCUGAGCUGCCAGUCUCAGGUCAGCUGGAUGAUGCCACAAGGGCCCGCAUGAGGCAGCCCCGUUGUGGCCUGGAGGACCCCUUCAACCAGAAGACCCUUAAAUACCUCCUGUUGGGCCGCUGGAGAAAGAAGCACCUGACCUUCCGCAUCUUGAACCUGCCUUCCACCCUCCCUCCCCACACAGCCCGGGCUGCCCUGCAUCAAGCCUUCCAGUACUGGAGCAAUGUGGCCCCCCUGACCUUCCAGGAGGUGCAGGCUGGCUGGGCUGACAUCCGCCUCUCUUUCCAUGGCCGCCAGAGCCCAUACUGCUCCAAUUCCUUUGAUGGGCCUGGGAAAGUCCUGGCCCAUGCCGACAUCCCAGAGCUGGGCAGUGUGCACUUCGAUGAAGAUGAGCUCUGGACUGAGAAGACUUACCGGGGGGUGAACCUGCGCAUCAUUGCAGCCCACGAACUGGGCCAUGCCCUGGGGCUUGGGCACUCUCGAUAUACCCAGGCCCUCAUGGCCCCUGUCUAUGCUGGCUACCGGCCCCACUUCAAGCUGCACCCAGAUGAUGUGGCAGGGAUUCAGGCUCUCUACGGCAAGAAGAGCCCAGAGAUAGAGGAUGAGGAAGAAGAGAUGGAGCUCCCCACUCUACCACAUGUGCCCACAGAGCCCAGUCCCAUGCCAGACCCCUGCAGUGGUGAACUGGAUGCCGUGAUGCUGGGGCCCCGAGGGAAGACUUAUGCCUUUAAGGGGAACUACGUGUGGACGGUGACUGAUUCAGGGCUGGGUCCCUUGUUCCAAGUGUCUGCCCUUUGGGAGGGGCUCCCAGGAAACCUAGACGCUGCUGUUUACUCUCCUCGAACACAAUGGAUUCACUUCUUUAAGGGAAACAAGGUGUGGCGCUAUAUUAAUUUCAAGAUGUCUCCUGGCUUCCCCAAGAAGCUGAAUAGGGUAGAACCCAACCUGGACGCAGCUCUCUAUUGGCCUUUCAACCAAAAGGUGUUCCUCUUUAAGGGCUCCGGGUACUGGCAGUGGGACGAGCUGGCCCGAACUGACUUCAGCCACUACCCUAAACCAAUCAAAAGGUUGUUUACGGGGGUGCCAAACCAGCCCUCCGCUGCUAUGAGUUGGCGGGAUGGCCAUGUCUACUUCUUCAAGGGUAAACAAUACUGGCGCCUCAACAGGCAGCUUCGGGUAGAGAAAGGCUAUCCCAGAGAUACCGCCCGCAAUUGGAUGCACUGUCAUCCCCCGACCUCAGACCCUACUCUGUCAGGUGGAGAUGCCGCUCCUUCAGCCACAGGUACUGACCACUCUGCCACAGGAACAACUGUGGACACCACUUCCUCAGCCAUAGAUACCACCCUGAACACUGACCACCCACCCGAAGACCCCAUCGUGGACAUUACCCUCUCAGCCACAGGCUUCCCCACCCUUUCAUUCCCUGGUAAUGUCACCCUCCCAGAGGCCUAAGGCGUGAAUCAAAUGUCGCCUCACUAGGCUGCCAGGCUGCAGCAGGGGCAUGAACCAUAGACCUCAGGUCUCUAAAUGUCCCAGCUCUAGCCACCACUCCUCUGUGCUCUUGCCCUCCUGGGCAGUGACUCCCUAACUCUG